AUCCAUUUCACCAACGUAUAAAACGUCUGCGGGGAACAACCACAGCAUCAGUCAAUUAAAGUGUUACCAAGAGAAGCAACAUGAUCGCAAUUAAAAUAACAGCCGUCCUCUUGUUAGCUGCGUUGGCAGCAGGAAGACCCUCAGACGAAUGGGAGCCCGAAGGUCAAACCCACUCGGAACACACGAAGCCGUACCACGUGACGGUGGUCAAGAAGAUCGGCGUGCCAAUCCCGCACCCGGUGGCUGUCUCAGUUCCGCAGUACGUCAAAGUGCCGAUACCUCACCCGUACCCGGUCCACGUCACUGUGGAACAGCCUAUCCACGUACCCGUUUAUAAGGUGGUUCAUCAAGUUGUAGAAAAGCCAGUACCAUACACCGUCGAGAAGCCUGUCCCAUACGAAGUGGAGAAGCCAUACCCCGUUGAAGUUGAGAAGAAAGUCGAAAUUCCAAUCCCCAAGCCCUACCCAGUCCAUGUGCCAGUGUACAAACAUAUCUACCAUCAUAAGGGAGGAAAACAUUAAGCCCUGUCGGUCCAACUCUUUGGUCUAAACGAGGUUUAGUUUUUUGAUACUUACAAUCUGACCUGACUAGUUUAUUACUCAUUUUAUGGUUACACUUUUGGGCAUUUCACUAUAUUACUAAUCAAUUUAUUAGGAGGAUGUAAACUCUACUGUCCAGCCUUACUUAAUGCUUAUUUGGCAGAAUUUCUUAAAACAUUUGCCAUAACUUAAACGAUAAAAUUUACAUAAUUUUAUAAAUUAUGACCCGCCUGAUUAUAGAGUUUCUUCUUCUAGCGUAUUAUUAUGCCCAACAAAAUGUGUAACUAAUUGGAUUGGAAAAUUUCGCCAAUCCGGACUCAAUUGUUUUCGAUAAUGGUAGCCCUGUUGUCUUUGAAUAGUGUUGUGUACAGUAUCGCUUGCAUGUGAUAUUUAUUGUGUGUUUAUUAUGAUCAUUGUUGACUAUUGUGUAAAUGUUAUUUAGUUGUUAAUAAAUAGAAUAAAGUUGUUAACUAAUAA